UGGACUUCAUACAAGCACCGAGUCUGUCUCACUUUAUCGGAUUCUAUCCUGCUUAUAGCCAUGAGGACAAACGUAUGGAUUUACCAAGCUUUGCUCUGUGUAGUGGUCACUAUAUUGGACACAGGUUUUUGCAGAAGAACUCAUCAGUCAUUACAGAAGUAUGAAAAGACAGAGAAUCAAAUGCUGGUUUGCACAGACUGUCCUCAGCGGAUGAUGGUACGAAACAGCAGAUCGCAGGAACACUGCGCCCGCAAGUGCAAAAAGGUGAAGAAGAACUUCAGCUGCAGGGCUUUCAACUUUCAGCGGCACAACAGGAAAUGCCACUUGCUUCCCUUUGACCGUUUCACCCAUGGAGCUCAGAAGCAGGCGAAUGUCAACUUUACAUUGUAUGAAAAAAAAGAUUACAUAAGGGAGUGCAUCGUUGGCACUAAGGACAACUACAGAGGCAGGAAGUCGUGGACAAAGUCUAACAUCACUUGCCAAGCAUGGUCAGACAACAACAUCAAUGAGCAUACGUUUUAUCCUGAUAGGUACCCAACGCAAGACCUGAGGGAGAACUUCUGUCGGAAUCCUAACAACGAUCCUGGUGGUCCGUGGUGCUACACCACUGACCCAAAUGUGCGAGCUGAGGAGUGUGGCAUACCCAAGUGCUCAGAGGAUGCUUGCAUGACAUGUAAUGGAGAAGAUUACCGGGGCAAAAUGGACCAUACAGAGAGUGGCAAAGAGUGCCAGAGAUGGGACUCCACAAGGCCUCACAAACACCACUUCCAACCCAAAAAGUAUCGGGACAAAGAUUUAAAGGACAACUACUGUCGUAACCCGGAUAAUCGUCUCCGUCCCUGGUGCUACACCAUGGAUCCCAAAACUCCGUGGGAGUACUGCAACAUCACCGUGUGUGGUAAUGACUCUGACUCAAGUGAGGACGCAGAUGUCAAUGUAACUACAUCCUGUGUCCAGGGAAAGGGCACAGAUUACCGCGGCACGAUGAAUGUGACUCCAGAGGGUGUGACAUGUCAGCGCUGGGACUCCCAGUUUCCUCAUAACCACUCGUUUCUCCCUCAGAACUUCAAAUGCAAGGACCUCAGAGAGAACUUUUGCCGUAACCCUGAUGGUGCAGAUUACCCAUGGUGCUUCACUACAGACCCUAAUCAGAGGAGAGCCAACUGCACCCAUAUCCCCAGGUGUGAUGCUGAUGCCACACAAAAAAUAGACUGUUAUGAAGACAAUGGAGAGGCGUACCGGGGAACUUUAUCCAUAACCAGAUCAGGGAUUCCAUGUGCAGAAUGGGCUAAUCACAUCAACAGUGGGGAUUCUCACUCUACAGAAUCCCAUGAAGGACUGGAGAAGAACUACUGCCGGAACCCAGACCGGGACAAACAUGGCCCCUGGUGUUACACCAAUCCAAAUAAUCGUUUGGUCUGGGACUACUGCAAACUGAAGCACUGUGAAUCAGCUACAGUGGCUCCUCAAGCAAACCAGACUAUCACAAGACCCAAGAUAUCCUGCUUUGUGCACAUAAACACCAGGAUUGUUGGAGGACAUCAAGUGCGAGGUACAGACGGCAGCUGGGUUGUAAGCAUUCAAAGAAUGAAGGCUCAUUUGUGUGGUGGCUCGCUGAUCAGAGAAAACUGGGUUUUAACAGACCAGCAGUGCUUCACUUCCUGUGUUCCCGAUCUGAGAGAAUACAACGUGCAGGUUGGUCUGCGACACCUUAAUGAAUCUUAUAAACACCCAAGACUUCGCAUCUCUCGUCUGAUCUGUGGCCCAGAAGGCUCCAACCUGGUUAUGCUGAAACUGGAAGAUCCUGCCCCUGUGUCCGAAGGUGCCUCCACCAUUCACCUCCCCAUCAAAGAGUGUCACAUCCCAGAAGGCACCAACUGCACCAUGUAUGGAUGGGGGGAAACCAAAAAUACAGGAACAGAAGAGACAUUAAACUCUGUGACCAUGCCUAUGGUUGACAACGACAUGUGCUCGCAAAUCAAAGGGGAUGCUGGGGAGAGCCGAAUAUGUGCCGGUGGCAGGAGGGGAGAAGGCGUAUGUGAUAAAGACAAUGGCGGUCCAUUGGUGUGCCAGGAAGAUGACAAAAAAGUCAUUGUCGGCGUAAGCAUCCAAAGGACGAAAUGUGCCUCAUCGCAGCCAGCACUUUUUGUCAACGUUGCCUUCUACUCUGAGUGGAUAUACAAAGUGUUCAGACUUUACCCCAAUUAAGAAAGGAACUGAUGCUUGACUGUACCACAAAGUGCAAAGAAGGAAGUGGUGGAGGAUUUUCCAGAAUCCAGAAGAAACGAGGAAAAUCACCUUAUGGAAAGUGGCCAUAUUGGGAUUUUUUUUCUUUUCCCUGAAUUUGUCAUUUUACAGAAAGGAAAGAGAUUGGAGACUGGAGAAAAGAAGCGGAAUAUCAUCUAUUCUUCAAACUUUCCAAAUGAAGACGUCCAGGUGUUAAGCCUUUAUAUAAAUUUUUUACAACCAGAGUCUUUGGCACAUGCAUACUAACAGUAUUUUUGACAUGUUCAGAAUUUCUGAAGCCAUGCAAACAGAGACAAUAAGAAUGACUUUUGUGAUUCAGUAUUAUCUCCUGGAAUAUACUUGAAUAUGGACAGAACUCAGUUCUCUGGGGUUGCAAGAAGGGGUCCCUUUUUGUGACUGGGAUAUCUCUUUUUAUGCAAUGAGUUCAACUGCAAAUUAAUUUUUUACCCCUGAUGCAAGUGACAUGUCUGGGCAACACAAACUUCUGAAUCAGGCCUGAAUUUUAGGAUAGGUAUUGCACCGAAAACGAUAAAUGUGAUUUUGCAACUAAAUAAUUCAACAGUAACUUUGCAUCCAGAUGUGAAACUGUAAUUUUUAAAGCUCCUGUGAGGAUGGUUAAACAGAGUGAAAUGAAUACUGAUGCGUCUUUAUGAGUAACAACAGCUAGCAAGACCAACAGCAGUUAUUUUCAACACCUUCCAAACGCUCCUACAUGGUGGUUAUAUGCCUCUGUGAGGUAUACGAUUGCUGCACAGUACAUAAAGUACAGUGAUGGGUCAAGAAGGUACUCCUAAGAAGCUACAAUAUGGUACAAGUUCACCAUGACUGCAGUGACCCUUACCUUCAAAAAUGUACAGAGUUCACCCUUAGGUCCAGGAGUAGGUUUGUGCCAAAUUUUACAAGAAUCCUUGAAUGCAUUGUUGAAGUUAGGGAUGGACAUGUGGCCCAUAAGCUUUGACCUUCCACUCAGUUAAUUCUUGGUCAGAGUGGAUGUUUGUGAAAAGCUUGAAGAAAAUCCCCUUCAAGCAGUCUUUACAUCAUCAAGGGGUGAACAUAAAGCCCCAACAGAUUUUUCCUUACACCUCUGAUCCCUGAAAUGUAAUCCCUCAAAGCUUUUUUGAGAUGUGGUCUGCUCAAGCAAUGGAUGAACAUAUGGCCCAGUGACCUUAAAUCUAUGACAUAUGACAUCCAUACUUUUGUCCUUGAGUCAGAGUGGACGUUUGCAAAGGUAAUGGAAAAUCCCUUAAAUCAUUCUUUAGAUAUUGCGUUCACAAUCAUGGGAUGGACAUGCGGCCCGACCACCUUAACCAUUGCCUUUUAUCAGUUCAUCCUUGUGUCAGAGUUGACGAUGCAAUAUUUGCAGAAAAUGCUUUGAUUCCUGAAGCAAAGGAUACACAUGAGGCCAAAUGAACUUGUUCUCUGAACCUAAGGUUUUAUGGAAAUAUUUCAUUGCAUUCACAGGGCAGGGAUGAACGUGAGGUUCAAUUACCUUGAUCUUGACCUGAAUAUGUUCAUUCUUGGGUCAGAAUGGGUAUUUUUGUAUAAGAAUUUAACAUUCUUGAGAUAUCUCAUAGUCAAGUAAAGAAUGAACUUGAGGCUCAGGGAUGUUAACCAUUGGCCUAUUUACCUCAAAAUUUAAACAGUUCAUCCUUGGGCCAGAGUGGAGGUUUGAGUGAAGUUUGAGGAAAAUCCCUCAAAGCUUUCCUGAGAUUUCGUUUGAUCAAGCAAGGGCUGAAUAUGAGGCCCAAGGACCUAUUGUCUUUCAAACAAGACAUUCGUCAUUUUAUCCUUAAGUUUGCAAGUCAAACAGAAAUCCCUCAACAAACCUUAACCACUAAACUUUAUCAGUUCAUCCUUGAGUCAAAGUCUGAAGAAAAUCUUUUCAUGCAUUCUUGAGAUAGCCCAUCAAAAGCAAAGGAUAUCCAUGAGGGCAAAUGAGCUUUUUCUCUGGCCAGUGAUCUCUGAAAUCUGGUUGUUUUAUAACAAGUCAGAGUUAAAAUUUGAGUAAAGUCCCUAAAGGCCUUCUGGAGGCAUUGUGUUUAUGUAGAGGCAAGGGAUUAACAUGAGGCCCAGUGGCCUUGUCCCUUAAACCAAUCAACACCAAUAUUUAUUUAGUUCAUUCUUAAAUCAGCGUGGACAUUGGUCCAGAAUGUUCUUUGGAUAUUGUGUUGAUAAAACUUCCUUAGAUGUUCAUCCAUACAGAUGAACAACCAGAAGGCCUUGACCGCCGCUGGCAGGGAGGCAUAAAAACUCUUUUUUUAUGUAGAGUAGCAAAAAGUUAAGACAAACCAUUUUGUCCGUACUCAACAUGAACCAAAAGCUCCUCACAGGACCUUUAAAGUCACUCGUAGCUGCACAGACACCAAACUUCCUCCAUAAAAGAAAAAGAGGAAAAGAACCACAGCAGACUUUAAAAUAUAGCCACCAAUUUUCCAGCCGUUUAGUAUAUAAAUUUCAUUAUUGCUUUGUAAGCAAGCUAAUUAUAUGCAGUAACCUGACGACCUUUUCCCCCACUUAGUUAUAACUCCUGAAUUUCCCCGUGAGAGGGUCUGAGUAGGACUGAGCGGGCUGCUCCACAUCUUAUGCUAAUAUUUGCAGCAUGAGAGAGAGAAGAGCCAUGCCAAAUAUAACAUGGCUAUUUGGUCUCCAGUUUGGAGGAAACUUUGGCCCCUGGUGGGCUGUGUGUGGUCAGUAGCAGAAUUUUUAUACCUUACUUUUGUUUCAUGGAAAGUGACUCCUUAUGUACAGACUGCAGAUUUAUAGAGUAUUUUUCUGCAGAGCUUUAAAGUUUUAUGGGUCUUAUAGAUCUCGAUUAUUUUUGUUCUUUUGUGUUGGAUCGGUUUCUUUGUGCAUCUGAUUGUCUUAGAUAUUUAAUGAGACUGUUCGCCUGUAAGUAGUAGUGAUAUUUAUUUUUUUUGACAAGAAGGAGGCAUCAUCUGAAGGAAUCUAGAUUCUGUUGUGAUAUUUAGAGUUUCGUCUUUGUUCUGAGAGAAAUUUUGACUAAAAUUUAAUGACACUGAAUGUUGGACUAAUAGGUUAUAGUCACGUAAACAGAAAAUGCAAUACUUGUGUACAAUAAUCCUCUUAAAGCAGGAGCACAUGUUGCCGAGUAAUAAUCCAUUCCAUCCAUUUUCUAUAACACUUAUCCUGUUUGGGGUCGCAGGAGGCUGGAGCCUUUCCUAGCUGUCAUUGGUAAAGAGGCACGGUACAGCCUGGACUGGUCGCCAGUCAAUCACAGGGGUCUAAGUAAUAAUAUAGCUGCCAAAACAAUGACAUUAAUUUAAUUCACUCAAAAAUAUUCAAACAUGCAUACAGAAGCCUUAAAACAGGGGUGUCCAAACUAUUGCCAAAUGUGGCCUGUGGUCAUUUUUUAUAGGGCUGCAGCAUAUUCUAAAAAUAAAACUAAAUAUGGCCCAUACUAGAGCAUGAAGCUUCUGCUUGACUUUAUUCUACUUCCUAGUUUCAGCACAAGGCAGCACUACCAUGCUAACUCUGUAAACAAACAUUUUGACAACUCAGAUUUUAUGAUGCUGUUUGCACACUGUAAAUGGCGAACACGAUGCCAACCAAAAUAAUAAUGUCUUGAUUUAUAAUGCCCUGAUGGAUUAUGGCAGCAAAUAGCAAUACCAAUAGCAUUCCAGUAGUAGAGCCAGUGGGAACCAGGACCAAGCAGGGCCCCCUGAAAUCUCAGAAUCCUUCAAAGGAUUGUCUGUUUUCCUCGGCAGCCAUGUGAGCAUACACAAGCAUUUAUUAACCUACAUUAUUGCUUUUACCAACAUUAUUAUCUUCAAGGUAAGGUUUAUGAAAGAGAGAGAAGUUUUGGACACCCCUGCCUUAUCCCGAGAUAUUAGCGCUGGUUUUCCCUUAAUAAUGAGGUUAUUUUAGUCGUUCUCAAGAACUAGCCCAUUUCACUGGAAAACCACCAUUAUAAUCUGGAUGCAACAACAAUAAGAUGCCAGUGUACUUUGCUCAAGUUUAUAUAGCUUUCAGUUAAAUUGACACUAUGCAUUCUACUCUCAGAUCUAAGACAACUCUAAACAUCACAUGGAAAACAGUGCAUAACUUUUGAAGAUGGGAAUGGUCAUGCUUGCAAUAUUUUUAAUGUUGUUAUCUACAGAUCACAAGUUUCUUUUAUUAUUUUGAAAUCAUAAGCUUGCUUUCUCUCAAUAACAGGUCAAGUGUUUCUUGUUAUACUGUGAAAAUGGUGAUUUUCUAUGAAGAGUGUACAACAAGAAAACGUUUGUUUAGAUUUUAGGAUGAUUUUAUAGAAUUAGAAAGUAAAUGUCUGGUUCAUCCAAUCACAUUUGAUUUUCAUCUCUAAGACCAAGUGGUAUAGGUGUGCAUGCACCUCAAUGCAUGCUUUGAUAUCCAGUAGCUCAGGCUGCAUGUAGAGGUGGUCCAUGAUGCCCUCCUCCUGAAUGAUUGGCUACUGACAAGCAUUAAUGACUGCCCCAUCGUUUUUUUUUGGUGACACUUUAUUUGAGUGGGCCCUUGUAAGAUACAAACUGUAUAGUAUAGCAGUGGUAAUAACCUUGUGAUAGGCUUGCAGUUCAACAAGAAAUAACACAGAAGUAUGGUAAUAUUAACGAAGUAGCUACCUAGUAAUAAUGCAUUAACUAUCAAGUAAUUCCUUGUAGAAUUGUAUUUAUUAUCUGGUAAUUAGGUGGUAUUUAACCCCAACCCUUAACCCCUAACCAUAACCCCUUACACUAAAAUUUAAUAGAAAUUAUUCAGGAAGGACUCACUUUAAUUUGGUGGGCCAAAUAAACAAACGGAAUAAUCAAGCAGCUCAAAUAGAAAUUUAUCAUAUCAUUUAUAAGAAAAUACUUUGUAAAACAUCGGCUAAUUACCAAAGAAUUGCCACUAUAUUAUGUGGGUUGGGGUUAGGGUUAGGGUAAAAUACCAACUUAUAACAAAAGAAUUUCCACAAUAUAACAUGAGUUAGGAUUAGGGUUAGAGGGUUAGGGUUAAAUACCACCUUAUUACCAGAGACUUAGCUCGAUAUAACUUAGAUUGGGUUUAGAAGGUUAGGGUUAGGGUACAAUACUUCCUAAUAACCAAAGAAUUGCCUCAAUAUUACAUGGGUUAGGGUCAGGGGGUGAGGGUUAAAUACCGCCUUAUUACCAGAGACUUAGCUCGAUAUAACUUAGAUUGGGGUUAGAAGGUUAGGGUUAGGGUAAAAUACUUCCUAAUAACAAAGGAAUUGCUUCAGUAUUACAUGGGUUAGGAUAGAGGGUUAGGGCAAAAUACCACCUAAUUACCAAAGAAUUGCCACAAUAUUAUGUGUGUUAGGGUUAGAAGGUUAGGGUUAGGGUAAAAUACAUCCUUAUAACCAAAUAACUGCUACAAUAUUACUUGGGUUUGGGUUAGAGGGUUAGGGUAAAAAAAACAACAAAAAACUGCCACAAUAUUACAAGGAAUAACUUGAUAAUACAAUAUUACUAGGUAAAUACUUCCUCAAUAUUACAGAGGUAUUACCUUGUAAAAUUUCAGCUUAUUACCAGGUAAUUACUAUCUUAUUCAUGAGAAAUUACUAGAGAAUUACCACUUAUUUCAUACAUUUUAUUAUAAAAGAAAUUUUAA